AUGCACGAGCCUCGUCUGCUGUCCACAGAACCUUCACACUACAUACUGGAACCACAACAACCCUACCAUUAUAGGUUCAGGGCCGUUGAUGAUGUCAAAACUCUUGAAGAAGAAAUAGCCCAUCAAGACCCCAAUCUCCGUCGUCAUCCUCGUGAGUCGUUGCGAGCAUUCCUUCUAUCUUCAUUAGCAGUGCCUCUGGAUGGUCGCGGACAGAAGUUGGUUCAUCAGUUCUGUGUUUCUACGAGUCCGCCAGACACCAUCCGGGCUCGUCUGUUAAAGAGUGUGUCGUGUGUGAGUUCAGUCCGGAGCAGUCCUCAGCGGAGACCGGCCCGUCUCUUGGAUCCUGCGAGACUCCGAACAGCUCACCGACCAAACAAUCAUUACACUGCUCUUGAGAACAUGCCGGUGGAGGCCAAAUUACAGGACGAGGUGCUCCGGGUGCCUGUGAAGACUCCUCCCGAGCCGCUGACGAAGCCCCCGGCCGACGAGACGGCGCUCUGA